AUGCUUUUCUUUAAAAAGAAAUUUCGCGACACGAAUAAAAUGGGUGUUACGGUCUUACAGCAAUAUCCAGUGCCUGAAAACAAAACUGGUACCUAUGUUAUUGAAUUACUUACAAAACGAAUCUUAGCACUAGGAGCAACUCAGCAAGGGCAGUUUUUAGUGGAUUGCGAGAGUUAUUUAUCACAUCCUCAAAUGGGAACAACAAAAACGGUCCACAUCCUUCAUAAUUCGGAACAGCCUGCCUCCGUGUUCUCAAUUUUAGAAAGCGGCACAAAAAAUAUUCAUGUUAUUGCUGACGGAUUAUUUGAUCUGCUUAUGAUGAAGCUAUCUCAGCAUUAUACAUCAAAGAAGCAAACUAAAAUAGAGAGUAAAGGUCCCAGGUUCGAGCUGGGAGAUUUUUGUGUUAAAUUAGGCUCUGUGACAAUGAAUCAGAAUUUUAAGGGAAUACUUAUUGAGGUGGAAUAUCGACCAUGUGUAAUGGCGAAUGCAGUAUGGGGACUUCUCCGUGAAUUUCUACAGGGUCUUUUAGGCCCAUCAGUGCCUGUUCAACCUCCACAACAUUUACUCAGUAGAAUGAAUGAGAUUUAUACACCAAUAGACACAAUAUAUCAGUAUUUAGAACAUUUUAGUGCUUAUAGAAAGACAACUGGACUGAGAAGUGCGUAA